AUGCAAGCCCAGUCUCGAUGUGGGGCCUACCUAGUCUUAAAUAGAGGAUGCAAUCCACAGUGCAUCUUUGCCCCUUACUUCCAUCGUGAGGAUGGUACUACUCGUUUUGUUGCCAUCCGUGAUGUUUUCACUGUCCGAAAUGCCGUAAACAUCCUAGCUUUGCUUCCGGUCAGUGACCGAUUUUGGGCUGUCGAUACGCUCUUUUUUGAAGCUCAGGCUCGGCUUCAGGAUCUUGUCUAUGGCUAUUGGUCUCUCCUACAACCUAAUCAAAAUCCAAACUGCAGCUUCGAUCUUCCCACUAUCCCAGAGGACGUUUCACUCCCAAGUUUCCCAGAUGCUACCCUUCUGCCUUACCCUGGCGAAGCCAACAGUAGCCAGAUGCCUUUCCCAGAUGAUAUCGAUGAGCUGGGACCUGUUCUGUUUGGCAACCGUCGUCCUAACUAA